AUGCAGAUUACCACCAUUUUCUCCAUUGCGGCCCUGACCGCCGUUGCCGCCGCCAAGCUACACAAUGCUGCUGUCUGCGUCACGGCCAGAAAGUAUGGCAGCACUGGUAACGGAACGCCCUACGGUCUCGGCUAUGGGUCCUUCGUGGACUACGAAAUUCUGCCCGAUGCGACCAAGUGUGCUUGCAACUACUACAAGAAUCGCAAUACCGGCAACAAGCAGUGGGACAAGUGCCCCGAUUGCACCUUUGAUGGCCUUCAAUGCACCUCUGGUGGCUGGCACAUUGGCGGUGAUGAGAUGACUUACUACUGCGAGAAGAAGUGCGGUGCACAAGGCGCUGAGGCCAACUGA